CUACGUAGAUAGAUUGCAGGCGAUCCACUAUAAAUGUACACACCGGCAGACGCACAGCAUAGAUGCACGAUCGCUCCCGUCCCUAGCUUCCCCCAAACUUCUCCCUCCCGUUCCAAUCUCACACCCGGCCAGCGACGAAUCUUCGAUCAACUUCUCUCGCGCAAUCACGCGAUUCCUUGAUGGCGUCGCAUGCCAUGGGCAGCGCCGCCGACGACUUGUUCUACCGAGUGCUGCAAUCACUAGAAGCCCGAGACCUUGUACUCGAGGGCCAAGCACAAGAUAUCGCCCAAGAAUACGCCGACGUGCUGUUUCACGAGCUUACUGGCGUCGAUUUUAAUUCCGAUUUGGUCAUGGCGGACACAGACGUUGACCCUGAUGCUCCAGAGGACCCGGCGUUGGGCGAGGCGGUGGCCGAGGCGCUGAAGACGGUGGAGGCGGCGUCCGACGGGCAGGGCUGCCCGAUCUGCAUGGAGGACGACGACGAUGACGACGCAGCGAGGGGCGCCUGGAAGGAGACGCCGUGCGGGCACCGGUUCCAUGGGCGGUGCGUUGAGAGGUGGCUGCAGGCCAAGGGGAGCUGCCCCAUGUGCCGGCGCCAGGUGGUGACCAUGCCCGCCGCUGCCGCCACUAGUACUAGUCCCGUUGGAUUCUCCGAUUUUUAGCUGGCUGCGGCGGGAGUUGAGGAUGCCAUCAUGCAGUUCAUGCGUGACAGUGCAUCUUAUGAUAGGUCUUAGUUGCCUCUCUAGCAAAAUUAGUGUUGCUGCUUGCUUAGGGUUGUGGUGACUUGCCUGUGUUGGUUGUUUGCUCUUUGUCUGACUGAAUUUUAAUGCAGUUCCAUCGGCAAACAUAUCAUAUGCUCGGACCUGAUGUCUGAAAAU